GAAAGCGUCGGUAUCGUUCCCACCGGCAGUUGGAAUUCUCUUGCGGAAGUCGCUCCGGGUCUGGUCCUUUCCCCCCUUCCCUUGAACCCUUCCUGGCCCACUCGUACCACGGAGGGGUUUUUUUAAAAAAAAAAUUGCACGUGACCGGGGAGUCGAGCCAGAGGCGGCUCUUUCCAGUUGCCCUGUCCCACGUCAGCCCCGCCCAUCAUGGCGGCCUCGUCGAACCUGCAGAAAGCAAUAGACCUUGCUAGCAAAGCAGCACAAGAGGACAAAGCAGGAAACUUUGAGGAAGCCCUCCGCUUGUAUCAGCAUGCUGUGCAGUAUUUCCUCCAUGUUGUCAAAUAUGAAGCACAGGGUGACAAAGCAAAACAAAGCAUUAGAGCAAAGUGUACUGAGUAUCUGGACAGAGCAGAAAAGCUGAAGGAGUAUUUGAAGAAGAAAGAAAAAGCUCCUCCAAAGCCAGUGAAAGAAUCUGGUUCAACUGAUGAAAAGGGGAAUGACAGUGAGGGGGAAGGAGAGUCAGAUGACCCUGAGAAAAAGAAGCUACAGAAUCAACUGCAAGGUGCCAUCGUCAUGGAGCGGCCAGAUGUCAAGUGGAGCGAUGUUGCUGGUUUAGAGGGAGCAAAGGAAGCUCUUAAAGAGGCAGUUAUAUUACCUAUUAAAUUUCCACAUCUUUUCACAGGGAAGAGAACCCCUUGGAGGGGGAUUCUUUUGUUUGGACCCCCGGGAACAGGAAAAUCAUACUUGGCGAAAGCUGUUGCAACAGAAGCUAACAAUUCUACUUUUUUCUCUGUGUCGUCUUCUGACCUUGUCUCAAAAUGGUUGGGGGAGAGUGAAAAGUUAGUGAAGAAUCUGUUCCAGCUUGCCCGAGAUAACAAGCCUUCCAUUAUCUUCAUUGAUGAAAUUGACUCUUUAUGUGGUUCCAGAAGUGAAAAUGAAAGUGAGGCUGCUAGACGGAUUAAAACGGAGUUUCUGGUUCAGAUGCAAGGAGUUGGAGUAGACAAUGAUGGAAUUUUAGUGCUGGGAGCUACAAAUAUACCUUGGGUUCUAGAUUCUGCCAUCAGAAGAAGGUUUGAGAAGCGCAUUUACAUUCCCUUGCCUGAGGAUCAUGCCAGAACAGCCAUGUUUAAGCUUCAUCUUGGGACUACUUUGAACAGUUUGAGUGAAUCAGAUUAUCGAGAGCUUGGAAAGCGAACAGAUGGCUAUUCUGGUGCCGAUAUAAGCAUAAUCGUACGAGAUGCCCUAAUGCAGCCAGUUAGGAAAGUUCAGUCAGCUACACACUUUAAAAAAGUGAAAGGUCCAUCAGUGUCUGAUCCAAACAUGUUAGUAGAUCUGUUCACUCCGUGCUCUCCAGGGGAACCCAGUGCCAUUGAAAUGACAUGGAUGGACGUACCAGGGGAUAAACUACUGGAGCCUGUUGUUUCCAUGGCUGAUAUGCUGAGAUCAUUAGCCAACACAAAACCUACUGUUAAUGAACAAGACCUGGAAAAACUAAAGAAAUUCACAGAAGACUUUGGACAAGAAGGCUAAUCCAAAGACCAUUUUGUCCCUAAAUUUUUUCUUUGGAUUUCUUGCCUCUCUAUUGCCAAUAAAUGAAUCGCUCCUUCUUUUCUUUCUACAUGGAAAUGAAGAGCUGUUUGCAAGGACCCUUGAGCUUUUUGUAUAUCACUUUCCAGAAAUCUCUUAAUGUUGUUUUCUGAGAGCAUGAUACUAGGAUCUUACGGCAAAAAAGGUAAACAUGUUAUAAAUAUAUUUAAAAAAUUGGCAGCCCUUCCUGGUUUAAUUGGGUUUUUAUGAGUUUAGAUUUUAGGUAAUGAUCUCGCCCUAGUUAUAAUAACUAUUUAUAAACUUCUGCAGGCCUAAAAAGAACAUGACUUGGAAAGGAGGCAUAAGAUCUGUUUGCCAAAUGUUUUCAAUUUCUUUCAAUUUGCCAGGAAAAUAAUUGAUUUUGAAUCAUGCAGCAGAUAAUAUAUACUCAUAGUUACAGAGGAUUAUUCACCAUAGAGUUGAGAAAAAGAGAUGGGGGUGGUGAUCAGGAAGGACAGCAACUUAAUGGCCAGUUCUUGUAUCAAAACAUUGAUCUGGAGCAACAUUUGUUUUCCCUUGCUAUGUUGUGGUUGGAGAUUGCCUUAAGCAUCUGCAAACAUUGAUUUCAGUUACUCGUGAAUAGACACCUGUCACUGUGCAGUCUACCAGGGAAGAUGCUUGAUGUACUACAGAUAAAAGUUCUUUCUCUUUUUCUCUAGUUUCAUUUAGCUUUGCUCUCUAUAGGAGUUUAAACCAAACAUAAGAACAUAUGGCAGAGUGGUAGCCAUGCAUUGAUAGAAGGGAAGAUAAUUCUGAAUUAAUUUCAAAAGAACUUUGGACCAAGUACAGAAGGGCCUCAUCAGUACCUCUGAUUUACCAAGGGAAGAUGCUCUUACUCCAGGUUGUUUUGUAAACACCUGGCUUGAAUGUCUGUCUUUGAAGUGGGUUGACAUUUCUUUAAGAACAGUGUAAUAGUAGUGCAGACUGUUUUCCAGAGGCCUUCACUAGAGUUAUGCAGCUUAAAAAAUAUCUGAAUGUCUCUUACAAGACUACAAUGUUAGCAUUGAGAAUGUGCCUUGUAAGUUUACCUGGUUAUAGACAACAGACCACUGUGGAACCAGUAAUGUGGCACACAGCUUUAUUGCUUAGAACUGUAUCCCACAGAUGCUUUGUGUAUUACCAAUUUCAAUGUUUAAUAAGAACUGUAAGGCCACUCACUCUCUCAUGGGCUUGGGUUUCCUUUUUAUGUACAUAUUUUGUCUACUUCCUAAAAUAGGACAGGUGAAAAUUUGUUUUGGAAUGAAGUAAAAAGUUACGAUACAACAUGAGCUUUUGUUUCUAUAUUUUUUCCUUCAGAUGAGUUUUCUGUAUUGUCAAAACAUUUUGUUUUUGUCAUUUUUUGACACGUAGAAUAUUCUGCUCAAAAUGACACACUGUUAUGGGCAUGGAUCCUGCCUAGAAUUUUUCUGUGCGGGGUGUGGGUGGAAGUGGGACUGAUUUCUAAGUCCUGAGGUAGCUCUGACCUUUUCCAGCUAUUCUUGGGUGUCCCUCUAUCCUCCAGGGAGUACCAGUGGGGGACAUUUUUAGUACCUGCAGGAAGAUUAAUUGACAAAAACUGUCUCUUGCCUCAAAGAUAUUCUAGGCAGGACACAAGCCAUGGUAUUCUAAGAUUUGGUGAAAGAAUUUUCAUAUACAUCCUUGAACUGCACUUUACUUAGAAUUCUUCACUACACUGUGUCAUUUUCAUAGCACUUUAGUAUUUAUACCAUAUACUUUUCAGAACAGUUUUUUCUGUCCUAUUAAUGCAUUGUAUGCUCCCAGCAUUUGUCCACCUAAUUCCAUACAACUACUUCUGGUGCCUGUUGUUUUGUUACCUGUUUUCAAAAUGUACACAAUUAGAAGAACUAAGGAUUGAUACUUGAUUGCAACACAAGUUGAGUUUCAUCUUGCAUUAUUUCUGUCAUGUGCACACUGAUGUUUGGCCCUUGGAUCACAUAGGCUGUGAGCCGCAAUCAGAGCUGUAAUGGCUUAAAUUCCAGAAUAAAAUAAAUUUGGUGUUUAUAAUU